AAGCGCUACGUGAUUAAUGUGAUGGUUCGAACAUUAGCCUGGCACGUUUAGUACUUUCUCACGCUCGAUGCGUAAAGUGCUCAAACGCAUAGACCGGACGACUGAGAACAGAUAUCCGCGUCUGGUUGCAACGUAAAUCGGGGACGUUUGAGUACAGUCGCUUGCAGCAGUUUCACCCUGAAGCAGCAACAGCGCAUGAUGAUAUCACUUUCACAGACAAAGGAACUCUUCCGGAGAGCAGAAGCUGUCUGCUUUGAUGUGGACAGCACAGUCAUUAAAGAAGAAGGCAUUGAUGAACUUGCCAAAUUUUGUGGUGUUGGGGACGCGGUCACUGAGAUGACUCGCAGGGCUAUGGGCGGCUCAAUGACCUUCAAGACAGCCCUGACUGAGCGUCUGUCGAUCAUCCGCUGUUCAAGAGAACAAGUAAACAAACUGAUAACAGACCACCCGCCUCAGCUGACUCCAGGUAUCAGGGAGCUUGUGGAACAUCUUCACCAGCGCAAUGUGAAGGUCUUCCUAAUUUCAGGUGGCUUCCGCUGCAUUGUUGAACACGUGGCCACUCAGCUUAACAUACCACUGCAUCACGUAUAUGCAAAUCGACUCAAGUUCUACUUCAACGGAGAAUAUGCUGGGUUUGACGAGAGUCAGCCCACAGCUGAGAGCGGAGGAAAAGGAAAAGUGAUCAGUCUGCUGAAGGAGCAAUACGGCUUCAAGACGGUGGUGAUGAUUGGAGAUGGAGCCACUGACCUAGAGGCUUGUCCUCCUGCUAGCGCUUUUAUCGGAUUUGGGGGGAACGUCGUCAGGCAACAGGUUAAGGAGAGGUGUCCAUGGUACGUGACGAGCUUCGAGGAGCUGUUAAAAGAACUGGAGAAGAUUUAAAAACACUAAGUACUGUUACUGAUAUUAACAUUUUAUAUUUGUAUCUGAGGCCCUGUUUCUAGUAGUUUUAUCCGGUGUACAUUUUUCAUUUUACUAUUAUGAUAGAUUUUAUAAGAAAUGAAAAUGUUUACACUAAUGAGACCAAUUCUACCUGCAUCGGAUGUUGCCUUUUUUUUUGUACUAGAACUUAAAUGAAUAACCAAACACUGUCCAUAAAGAGAGUGUGUUUUUGCACUUUUGGAUUUAAUCUUAAGCUAAUACAACUUCAUUUAAUGGUAUGUGCAAUGAGCAAUAGAGGUGUUAUAAUUCUGUGUGCUAAGCUGUUACCAGAUAUGUCAAUCAGUAUGGUGACUUGUAAAGAAUGUCAGCAUUAAACAUGAGAAUGUGCUGUCCGA